AUGAAUUUAAAGCUUAAGAAAAGCUUUUUAAUGGAGGAUGGUGGUAGUGGAGGGAAAGGUAAGGUGGCAAAGGGUUCAUGGAGUCCAGAAGAAGAUGCCAAGCUCGUGAAGCUGGUCGAGCUUCACGGCCCGCGCAACUGGUCUCUGAUCAGCACCGGCAUUCCUUCCCGUUCGGGGAAGUCGUGCCGGCUGCGGUGGUGCAACCAGCUGAGUCCGGCAGUGCUCCGCCGCCCGUUCUCCCCGGAGGAGGACGCCGUCAUCCUCCGGGAGCAUUCCGUCCUCGGGAACAAGUGGGCCGCCAUCUCCCGCCUCUUGCCCGGGAGGACGGACAACGCGGUCAAGAACCACUGGAACUCCUGUCUCCGGCGGAAGCGCGGCGGCGGAGAAGGCGGCGGCGCGGAGGCCAAGCGAGCUCGCGUGGACGUCUCGUCGCCGGAGGAGUCGUGUGCGUCGCGGGAGGAAUCGGAGACGCAGACUUUGCUGCCGCUGUUCCCGCGGGGAGGGAAAAUGGACGGUCAACACGCCGAUGAAAAGUCAACGACGGAGGAGGAGCCGUUGGGUAGUGGUCCCGGCGAAAUGGCGACGGCAGAGACGAGUUUUUACACGAUCAUGCAGCGGAUGAUCGCGCACGAGGUCCGUUGUUACGUUGACAAAUUACGGGCUCGCGGUGGGCUUGGGCCUGGCUCUGAGCCCAAUAAUAAAAAAUGACUGUUCACACUUAGUGGAGAUAAGUAGUUAAUCUAAAUGGGUUCUUGAGAGUGGUGGCCUUUAUUUGGUCCAAACCCACUCCCUUUUUUUGUAUCAAUUUUUGAAAUCAUUCGUUAUUGGGCCUACACAAACUUUGCUAGCGUAAUUAACAUGUAGUGAAUCG